GCCUCACUUCCGGGGCGGUGUCGGGGCGCUGCUGCCUGCAGCCGCCGCGGCGGGACUCGGGCGGCCCGUCCCGGCGGCGCCAUGAGCGGAUCACAGAACAAUGAUGCCAAAAGACAGUUUCUUCUAGAGCGGUUACUGGAUGCAGUUAAACAGUGUCAAAUCCGGUUUGGAGGAAGAAAAGAAAUUGCUUCAGAUUCUGAUAGCAGAGUGACUUGCCUGUGUGCUCAGUUUGAAGCUGUGUUUCAGCAUGGUUUGAAGAGGAGUCGUGGAUUAGCAUUAACAGCAGCAGCGAUCAAACAGGCAGCAGGCUUCUCCAGUAAAACUGAAACGGAGCCAGUGUUUUGGUACUACGUGAAAGAAGUUUUGAAUAAACAUGAACUACAACGUUUUUACUCUUUAAAAACAAUUACUACAGAUAUUGGCAGAGGCCGUGCCUGGUUGCGCUGUGCAUUAAAUGAGCAUUCUCUGGAAAGAUAUGUUCAUAUGCUGCUUGCAGAUAAAAAUCGACUUAGCGUCUUCUAUGAAGAUUGGUCUUUUAUGAUGGAUGAAGAGCGUUCUAGUAUGAUCCCAACCAUGGCAGCUGGUCUAAACUCCAUUCUUUUUGCAAUCAACAUUGACAACAAAGAUUUAAAUGGGCAGAGCAAAUGCACUCCUACAGUUUCUGACCUUUUAAAGGAAUCCACACAAAAUGUAACCUCACUGCUGAAAGAAUCCACCCAAGGUGUUAGCAGCCUUCUGAGAGAGAUAACUGCAUCUUCUGCUGUUUCCAUUCUCAUCAAAUCUGAUCAGGACACUGACCCACUUCCAGUCCUAUCAAAGACUGCCAAUGCUGAUUUAAAAUGUAAAAAAGAGCGAAAGAAGAAGAAGAGGGUGACACACAUUAUCUCAUUUGAUGAAGAGGAGGAUGAGCAAAACUUUGGAGAAAUCCUAAAGACAUCAGUUACAGGAGAAAGCUCAGAGGAAAACUCUGAUAGAUCUUCACUUUUUGCACUACCUUCCUCUGAAGGCUCUCUUGGACAAAAUCUGAAUGGGAAUCAGAAUAGCCAUUUGUGGAAAAGCAGUUCUCCAUGCUUGAAUGGAGAGUAUGGUUACCAGAAGCUGGAUGUGAAGAGUAUUGAUGAUGAAGAUAUAGAUGAAAAUGAAGAUGAAAUUUAUGGAAAGGUAUUAGGAAAUAAAGACAUGGAAGAUUACAUAGAAAUUUCUGAAAAGCCACAGGAAGGGGGCACAUGCAAUUCACAAAUAGGCAGUUGGACUCCCCUGCAGGUCCUGAAUGAUGAUUCACAUAUUCUGUUCCCUGUCAGUGCUCUUGACUCUUAUUCCCAAACUGAUGCCUUGGAGAAUGGAGAUGGACAUGAUAGUGCUGUUCUUGCAGUAGAACUGGCUCAGAGGGGAUCUGAACUCCCUUUCAGAGUGGAAGUUAAUCCUGCUGUUCAAGUGAACGCUUUAAGCAAUAUGUUGCCUUCAGUCACUGUUCCAGAAUCAAUGACAAUUAAUGAACUUCGGCAAGCUAUUGUGGCCAUGAUGAACAGAAAGGAUGAACUGGAAGAACAGAACAGAUCUCUGCGAAACCUGCUUGAUGGAGAGAUGGAGCAUUCAGCAGCACUCAGGCAAGAAAUAGACAACUUGAGAAAGAAAGUAGCAGAGCAAGAAGAGCGACAUGCAGCAAAGAUCCAGGCAUUGACAAGAGAGAAUGAGGUGCUAAAAGUACAACUAAAGAAGUAUGUAGGAGCUGUCCAGAUGCUGAAAAGAGAAGGUCAAAUGGUAGAAGUUCUGCCCAACCUUUGGAACAUUGAAGGUGAAUUUACCAUUCCUGAGCAAAAGCAAGUGGAAAACAAUGAAGAACUAGCUAGUUCUUAUGAAAGAAAAUUGAUUGAGGUGGCAGAAAUGCAUGGGGAGCUUAUAGAAUUCAAUGAGAGACUUCACCGUGCUCUGAUGGCUAAAGAAGCUCUUGUGUCCCAAAUGAGACAGGAACUCAUUGAGUUGAGAGGGCCGGUCCCUGGAGAUUUGAGUCAAACAUCUGAAGACCAGAGUUUGUCAGAUUUCGAAAUAUCUAAUCGCGCUCUUAUAAAUGUUUGGAUUCCCUCAGUCUUUCUCCGUGGAAAAGCUGCUAAUGCAUUCCAUGUUUAUCAGGUAUAUAUCAGGAUAAAAGAUGAUGAAUGGAAUGUGUAUCGAAGAUAUGCAGAAUUCAGAAGCUUACAUCACAAAUUACAGAAUAAAUACCACCAAGUGAGGACUUUUAACUUCCCACCAAAAAAGGCAAUUGGAAACAAGGAUGCAAAGUUUGUAGAGGAGCGGCGCAAACAACUACAGAAUUAUUUAAGAAAUGUUAUGAACAAAGUUAUUCAAACUGUGCCAGAAUUCACAGCCAGCCCCAAAAAAGAGACUCUUAUUCAACUGAUGCCCUUUUUUGUUGAUAUUCAACCUGGUGGAGAACCAGUAAAUAAAGGCAGUCGCUCGAGGGUGACUACCCGCUUUCCAAAGCUAUCACGGAGCCAUCAAAGAGAGCCACGGAACCUGGAGCCUCAAAGUGGUGACCUCUGACUUCAUAACUGUGAACACCAGCACCAUGUACUUUAAACAGUCCUGUGAUUUCUUCCCAUCCUGCACUGUUGAUUAUAUAAGCUCCUUGGGAGAAUACAGGUGCUUCAAGUUAAUUCCUGAAAAGAGAUGCUCAAUACCAAGGUUCAUCAUUCUGAUCAGAUAGGUCACUUUUGAAGGCAGCAGUCAUUUCCCAAAGGAAUAUGAGGGCUGCUCACUAGAGCCUCAGCAAAUUGAUAUACAUUUCCUUUGUUUUGUAAAGCAGUACAUAUUUCCUUUGCUCUUAUCUUCUCCUCUGCUACUAUGAAUCCUUUGUUUGUUUUGUAGAAUCUCUCUCUUCUACCCUCAUAUCAUCUUUUUAUGUUCCUGAGAUCUGUUAGCAUCAUGUCAGGAAAAUGCUGAGGUUUUUUUUCUCCUUACAAGCACAACUAUACUUAUCACUAUUCAGUCUGCACGAAACACUUCAAGCACGGUAGACUAAUGCUACUGCCCAGUAGUGUGACAGGCAAAAUCCAUGCUAAUGCGCAGUACAAUUAAUCUACUGCACAUUAGCGUCACAAAAAAGUGUGCACUGGUACUAAUGUGCUGUAGCGCCCAUUACGGUGUAUUAAGUUAGUCCCUGUAAUUACAGGGACUAAGCUUAAUGUGCCAUAAUUACAGCACAUUAAUGAAUGUGUAGACAUUCCCAGUAUUUGCCAGAAAGUUGUGUUUCAAAAGCCUCCCUAGCCCAUUACUUUUUGGAAAUAAAACGACUAAAAGUCUUUGAUGCACAGAAGAGGGUUUCAGAAACUUGAGAAAGUAAAUGGCAGCGGAUUGUAGAAGACAAAAAAAAUUUUUUGUAUAUGUUUAAUUAGAUAUUCCCAGGUGCUCUCACUUGUGAAAAGUAAUUCUACCAAAUCAGAGAUUCUCAUAAUUUUCUAAUGAAAUGUUGUUUUUGUUGAAAGGUAAGAGGCAACAUGAAACAACUUGAACAAAUCAGUUCAAGAGCUUUAAUGCAAAAGGAAACAUGGCAUUAACACAGUACAAAGUAGAGCUUUCUCACAACAGGCUAUGUUCUGUUAUUGAUUUGUUUUUGAUGUAUUAUAGAACAAUCUCUCUACAUUAAAAUAAGCAGAUGUUCAGGCAUUCUUACCACUGCUUUGUAAGACCUGAAAUGAUGCUUACAAAGAAUUGCUUCAUAUGAAAGUGCCUGUCACCCGUUACCUCUAAGUGACCUGAAAUGGUUCUGUGAGAGCAAGUAAGAAAACUGGGGGGUUAAUUGUUACAAGUGAUGGAAGUCCUGAUAUGGAUUAACUGGAAUCCAGUUCAGCAUCCAUUAGCUGCACUGCCGUAGGCAGUAAAUUACACUUUAGUUAUCUUCUUUUCUGUAUAAAAUCUUAACCAAUAUACAUUUAGAUUUUCUAAUGACUGUAUUUUGGCAUUCCUUUAGACCACAACAACUCUCAUCUCAUAAAGUGUUUGGAUAAUCUGUACUUACCAUAAAUCGGUAUAUUUUGUUUUUGCACUGUCCACAUUAGCAAUCAUAAAAAAAAACAUUUUUCCUUUCAGGAAUAUAAACCACUGAUUAUCAAUGCACUUUUCCCAAUAUAAAGCUUUAUUUAAAAAUCUAACCAGCUGGGACCCCUAUUCUGUGUUUGUUACGUAAGUAGUCUGUUGACUUCAAUAGAACUACUCAGCUGAAUAAAGACUAAUGUAAUGAUUGCAGAACUGGAGAUUAAGUGUAAUCAAUGAGUUCUGUAAUGGUAAUAUUGAAAUGUACCUUGUGUACAUUGCACUGAAUUAUAGGAAAUGGCAAAAAGUUGCAGACAGAUAUUUCAGAUCAUGAGGCCAAAAGAAGAAGAAUGUAAAAGAAAUGAAAUCUUGCUUCUCAAUCACUAGCAAUUUUGUCUGCUACUGCAAUAUCUUUUUCACAUCAGUAAAAGUAUUCCUUUAUAAAAAAAAAUCCCAAAGGACAGCUUAUCAGAAGGACCAGUAGUCUUGUCUUGUAUUAGGGGACAAGUUAAUGUUGAUGUCUGCACAUGGUAGGGUACGUGUUUGUUUUUAAAAAAAUGUAAGGUGGCUAUAGACUCAAGGUUCUCCAGACUCCUUAAUUUGAUGCGUUGCUGAUAUUUAAAGUAUGUCUUUGAUAAAAAAAAGAUUUUAGCAAUGAAUGAAAGUUCCCCUUUGAAAACAUUUUUAGAGUCCAUUUCUUUCAAAGGUCAUAGGAGCCUUACAUGGUCAUGGGAGUGUGAGCUGUAAUUUAUGCACCUAAUUUUGUCUAGUGAUAUUGAAUUAUAGAUUAAGCUGAAAAUCUACAUUGCGUAGAUUCAUUUGUGGAGCAGUUGGAUUUGUAUAUUUGCCACAUGAAGACUUACUAAACUUCAAAAAAUAGCUCGCAGUGUACAGCCUUUCCCCCCCUUCUUUGGAAAGCUGCAAAUGGUAAGGAAAUUAAUUUAGCAGAGGCACACAUGCUAAACAUAGAAUAAUACAUACAAUCCAUAUUUUUAAAACUGUUUCUUUUUUUGUUAUUUGCAGGAAAUUUGCUCUCUCUAUAUAUAUUUGGCUCUUAAAUUAUCUCUCCUGUUUAUUUUGCCUCUCAUCAUUUUAAUAUAUGAAUAUAGAUAAUGCAAAAAAUAAUGGACUCAUUUACAGAAUAUAAAUUAUUCCCUGUUAACUAUAUAUGCUAAGAUUACAAUGUGCAUAGAACUUUAAUUUUGUGACUUGAGAUAUAUUGUAACGUGCUGCAGUUAUUAACCCACUUAUUCUCAUCUGAUUUCUUAAUAAAAUUUAAGAAAAUAGUUGGGUAGAUUUAUUUCACAAGUAACACAGUAUAAAAAGAAUGGACAGUAACUGAACCUGUAGUCUUAACAAAAAUGUUCAGAGACAGACUGCUCACAUUACUCACAUGGGUAACACUGAGCUCAGUGAAAAUACUCAAAUGAGUAAAGUGAACCAGAGUAGAUUUGUUAAGUUCCAGCCAAGAUUUUCUGAUGUGUCUUGUACAUUUGGAUGCCUAAAUAUUUGUCAUGUUGAAACACCUUAGACAUGGAAACAGACGUCACUUUUGUGCCAUCAUAAAAAUGUUUAGGUUGGCAUAAAGUGAAAGCAAGCACACAUCUAUGCCUUCUAGUGUACCACAGAUGCUCAUAUUUGUGGCCAUAACAGAAGGUGGUAAUAAAUUAGGACACUGUAUUCUGGCCUAUGUCUGUUUAUGAUGGAAGAACAUGGACAGCAUGAAGCUGCCUGUGGUCUCUGUCUGCCCUGAGAAUUCCUACACAGGAUUGGGCUCCUGAAUCCUUGAGCAUACCUGCCUUGUUUUCCCUGCUUACCCAGAUGUAUCCCCUCCAGGGGUAAGCAGGGAAAGUCAGGGCUUCAGGGCCCCUGCCUACAAGUGGGGAUUCCCUGCAUGUAGACACAGUCCCUGUGCAGCGGGGAUACCUGCAGGGGAAUCCCUCUACAAAGGAUUUCCUUGCAGGCGCAAAGAAAGGCUGAAGUUCAGGAAGGCUGAAGUUAUUUAAAAGAAGGCUGAAACUUCCCCCUUCCUUCCCCCUCACCUUGCACUUGCAGCCCUAGCCCCACACUGCUCCCAGAAAUGUGCACCAGUUAGACAUCCAUGGAGUAGAUAUCCUGGAGUGUGAUUAGUUGUGCCGUAACAUAUUGUGGUAGAUCUGAUCACACUCCAUCUAGGACCUGUUUUCUAUCUAAUAGGCCUAAUUUUCAUAACUGCUAUAAAUACUAAUUCUCUGAAUAUUAAUUCUUUUUAAAUGUUUUGGAAAAUCUUGCCCAACCACUUAAAAGUAUUCAGUGCUGAGAAAUACUGUAAAAAUACUUUUGCAUUUUACCAUGUAACAUUGCAUCAUGUGCAGUUCUGAAUUUUAAGCACUGCUUUUUCUGAAAUAUAACCCAGAUUGUUUGUGGCUGUUAGCAAUUGCUUGUCGAUGACCAGUGAAGAAUGAGGUAGUAGAGUCAGUCCAGCUCUUGGUGGAGAGCCAUGCACAGCACUACUAACAAAAACCAUCUACACAGUCAUAUGUGAUGAUCUGUACAGUUAGUGUAAAACUCAUGUGGCCUUGUCUUCUCCAGGGUUGUUCCAUCAGGACUGUGGUCUGCUUGUAGGACAGUGAAGAAGACUGGCUAUGACACUGCCUGGCUGUAACAUGUACCUGUUUUGCUCAUAGGGAACGAAAGUCCCCAGUCUUCAAUUAAUCUGGGGACUGCAAUCUGUAAACUUUCCUGAAUAAAGGGGUUUUGUAUUUUUUUAAAUUUAAUAAAUGCUGUUUUUCUAUUAAAUUCAAAAUAAAUAACUUCCUAAGAAGCAGCAAGUAGGUGACAGUCUCACUUCUUUUGCAAAUAGGAUUGUUUAUCAAUUUAAAUUUGAUAAACAUUGACUAUAGUUUUAAAGAAUCUCAUUUUCUUAGAAACCCUGCCAUUCAUUAUAGAGAUGGUAAUGCAAUGGCUUUUUUAAUGGGAAACCUGAUUUGAUACAGGAUUUAAGUCAGUGCAUUUAUUUAUUUAGUGUAUGCGGUUUCCACUGAAACAAUAUGCCCAAACCACAUAUGCUAAAUAAAUAAAUAAAUAAAUAAAUGCACUGACUUAAAUCCUGUAUCAAAUCAAGUUUCCCAUUAAAAAAAUUCCAAGGUUUAUGUGCAGCAGCGUAAUGACACAGCAGCAAAGGCUUAACUUGACAUGUCUAUUAAAUCACAUAUUGUUAGCAGGAUUAAUAAUUUCUAAGCUGGUCCUGUUUACAAAACAUAUUGUUUGAAGGUUAGUUGUAAGCAAAUUGUAUCAUUUUACAAAUGUACCACAAGCCAUAAACUACUGUGAUUGGAUUAGUAUGUCAAAUAUUUGGAGAUAAGGUCUAGUGGCAGUAAAUGUUCUUAUAGCUCAAGAAUAAGAUGCAUACACUAAGGCAGAGUUUGUCAUUUUGAAAUAAACAUUUUCUUGUAUAAAAAUCUGAUUCCUAACAGUCACAGUAAUUAAUAAAAAUGUAAAUGUUAAUAGGAUUGACUGGCUCAGGACAGCUCGCUAGUAAUAAAUGUAUUUAAGAGUGAGCAUUGAAUAAAGUAAUGUUAAUGUCUGUCAGUUUUUAUUAACAAUCUAGAAAGAUGAUAUUUUCUUACAAAUACUUCCAGUCUGAAGAUCUACAUAGUGUUAUUUUAGAUGCAGACAUGGAUCUAAAAAGUCCUAGUCCUUGCAGGUUGGUCCUGAAGUAUCACUGACUCAAUCCUAUUUAGAUAAAGAAAAUAUUAAACUCUUAAUCUUUUGGGAUUCCAGCUUUGUAAUAGCUCAUUUGCAAGGUUCCUCAGUUGCUACUGGGGGCACUGUGUAAUAUAGGUGCCAGGCUCCAAGAACUUCUCAUAGGCCGCGUCUACACAAGAUGUGUUAAUGUGCAUUAGCCUAAUUUAAUGCGCAUUACGGGCACAUGUUCACACAUACGCACCCUUAAUGCACAUUAAAAUGGUGAAAUUAAGCUAAUUGCACCUGCAAAUGCAGGUAUCAAAUUUAGGCACAAUUAGUUAUAGUGUAUUAAUGCACAUGUAGGUGUGACCCGGCACUAACUUUAGUGCCAGGUCUUCCCAGCCACUAAAGACACAUGGUAGGGCUGCUGGGACUUGGUGCUAACUUUAGUGCCAGGGGGCACCUGUACACUGUGAGGGUGUUUUAAUCCUUAGGGUUACAUUCUGUGUCCCCUAAAUCAAAAUGGUGAGUUUUUAACUGAAUCCCACCAUUUCAAUUUAGGGGUUUUAUUUUUCAUCACUGUUACAGCAAUGGGCCGAUCCUUUUUUUUUUUGAUGAGAAGCUUAAUCCUUUUUUUUUCCCAGUGGAGUCUGCCUGCAGCUGGAGGGCUAGCUCCCGAAAGGCUGAGUGGCCCCUGAGCUGCUGGGGGCCCCAGUCCUUCCCUCGAUGGUGGCGCCCCCUGGGGCUGCCUGGGUAGGUUGCUAGUGGGCCAAGUGCUGCCCCAGCUUGGAGGCAGCAUGUGGCCCAAUCCAACUCUUCCCUGACCCUGAGCUGGGGCAGCACCUGGCCCACUAGCAGCCCACCUAGGUGGCUCCAGGGGGUGCUGCUACCACAGAGGCAAGGACUAGGGCCCCCUGCAGCUCAGGGGCCAUUUGGUCCACCAGCAGCACACCCCCUGGCCAUGGGAGAGGCAGGCAGUUUUCACCAAAAAAAAAAAAAAAAGGAUCAAGCCCCCCGCUGCUUCUACCUUCAGUAGGCACUUGCUGAAGGCAGAAGUGGUUAGGAGCCUAAUCCUUUCCUGCCUGUCUGUCCUGUGGCUGGGGGACGAGCUGACAUCUGCAUCAUUGCAAUUUGCAACAUUGUGAACUAAGCUACAUUAGGAUGUAGUUUAGUUUGCAACAAUACAAACUCAUUUAAAACCCCCCAAACUCCUGCACGUGUACAGCAUGACACCAUUAAGCCACACACACUGACAUUUUUGUCAUGUGUACAUGGUAAUGGCAUCAUGUGUACAAGAGCCCAAGUGUACUAACUUUAGUGCCAAGUCCCUGCAUGUGUAGACACCUGCCAAAAAUUGCCUAAUGUGCAUUAAAUUCAGUCGCACUUAAGUGCAUGUGUAGACACACCCAUACAGACCCAGUUUUCUUCUGUCUUGGCUUGUUUUCCUAAUGUGAAGGAAGUUGGUGUGUGAGGUCAUGCAGGUCUGGCGAGGAACUAGCAUGGAGUCUGGCCGCAGAGGGUACUGCCAAAGUUGGGACUGGUAGUAGUGCAACUUGGUUCCCAUGUUGGAGUGGGGUGGGAUGGGGUAGGGCAGACAUUAUCUUCUACUUGAGGAGAAGAAGUGACAACAACCAAGGAAGAAGCACAGAAGAAUAUUGAAGAAGCUGGAGACAAGUAUAUUCCAGUAUACUCCAGUUGCUACAAGAGGCAGGUUCUAUUUUAAGCUAUUGUCAUACUUACAGGGUUAUGUUUCUUGGUAGCCACAUAGACUUCCUGUAUACAUGGCCUGCCAAGACUGCAGGAGCAUGGAACAUGUCACCUUUUAGCCACUAGGUCACUAUCUCUAGACCAAUUAAUAUUUAUUUGUCCAAAGUAUCUUUAAAUAAAUUAAUAAAAUAUAACACAUUACUGAAUGGAGAUCUUAAGAGAUUACAUCUUUUGUAAACUGUAGACACAUAAGUAUUUGAAAUAGAUUGGAAGCUUUUAACACUUCUCUGAUGGUAAUGUAUAUAAGCAGGCAAAAUAAAAUUGCAGUCAGAUUACAAGAAUUUCAUUUUAAAUUGAUAUAGCAGAUAUCAUUUUCUUAUACUGUGUCAAUUUUUUUCCCUAUUUUAUGCCAUUUCAAACAUUUCUGAAACAAAUUCUUAUGACUGCUACAUCAUGAAACUUCAAACUACCUGUGGAUGUACUUACUGCUACCCAAACACCCUGGGAAACCUGUGGAACAGUUAUUUAGAAGAAUGCUGAAAAUUCUGCUCUCAGAUUUCACUUCAGUGUUCUGUUCUUCCAAUGGGAGCUUCAGACACAUGGGUGAACUGGAUUAUCAGAGUUCUGAUGAGAACUGAUCUUUUCCCUUGAGAGCUAUACGAACAGUACCUUCCUUCUGGUGCUUGAAUGAGUCUCUCAUGGAUGUGUGUUCAAGCUCCAUCAACUCAGCUUGUGACAGAAAUUAACUUGUCUCUUUCUCAUUUCCUUAUAUCAUUAUUUUUGACCUACUAAAACACAAUAUUAAUUUGCUGCUAUUUGGGCAUUUAAUUGGUUUUUGUAGUAUUAAAGAUGUGCAUUGUCAUAAAAAGAGCAUUUUAUUACAUGAAACAAUGUAAAGUAAAAUGAUAAUAAAAAUAUCAAUUGAUCUGUUAUUUCUUUACAUUUUUAGUAAGAAAUUAGAUAUGCUGUAAACCUUGUUCUUUUUUUUUUUUGCUCUGGCACAAUAGCAUGAUCCUUUAAUUUUUAUUUUUUUUAUUUUGAUAAUGUUCUAGGCUAAAAAAAAUCACUUUAUGAUCCUGUUGCACAUAAUUGAUAUUAUUUAUGAAACUUCAUCUAUAAAGCUGUCGAUACAAAUCUCUAAUUAAUAAGAACAAUUUUGCUUUUUGUAUCAGUAUUAGCAUGACUUUACAUAUAAGCGUUUCACUGUAAUGUUUAAGGAGGAAUUGAUCACUUAUAUUGAUAUAGUGCUAUUCCAUCAUGAACCUUAAUCAGUCUUUGGUGUAUAAAAACAUCUACCAUAUAGUCACAAGUGAGAAAUAAGUUGUUACUUAUUGGUAUUUUAAUAGCAAUGUCCAUGUCAAUGAUAAAUGUUUAACUAUGGUGGUGAGAUUUUUCAUGUGUAUGUUGGAUAACUUGAAAUGCUAAAAAAAAUUAAAAUACAAUUACAAUUAAUCUAAAGGGAAAAAAAAAACCUCUUUAAAAGAAAUUCACAUUUUGAAAGCCUUUCUAAGAAACCCUAGUACUGGAUAAAAUUAAUUACCCUAUUAUCUGGGACCAACCUUUUGGCAGCUCAGGAAGCUGAAUUUCCCUUCUGUGUUUGUUGGACAGCUGUAGCCACAAUGCUGUUAAUUCUAAAGAGGUAUAUUUGUAUAUACCGUAUUCAGAUAACACAUUAACCUAUAAACAGCUAUAAGGUCUUUGUAUUAUUUUAACCCAUGUUAAGCUACUGUUUACAUUACAGAAUUUUUAAACUAAUGUAUAUAUAAUUUUAUAAAAUACUUUCUUGUAUUAAAUAUUUCUUUUGAAAUAUCCUGUGGUAAUUUUGUUGUAAUCUGGUUGAAAUAUCCUACUUUACAACCAAGAAAAUAAAUAACAUUUUGUAUGCUUAAAAGAUAGCAUAUCUAUAGCCUGUUUAUAGCCUGUUUUAUAAUUGUAUUUUUGAUUUAUGUUAACUUUUUAAUGUGCAUUGUUCACAAACGCAUGGUUUGGGCUGAAUUUUCAAAACAAUGUGCUUAGGUAUUUGCUUUUAAUUAAUAUUUUCUUCAUUGUGUCUGAUAAAGAGCAAUAUUUGAGUGAUUUGAAUUGAUGUUUGGAUUGUAAAUGUAGACAGGGAAGAGAGUAAACAAACACCUUUCAAUUACA